CUACGCGCCGCACAGGCUGCUACAGUUGCAAGCUAUAGGGGGAAGGGCAAAGAAUGAAUCCCUGCUAGCCGGUUAAUGUUGUUGACAUCGCAACAGUAAAAGAUGAUAAGGGGAAAAGGGUCCCAAAGUAUCUGAUUCAUUUCAAUGGUUGGAACAGAAGUUGGGAUCGCUGGGCUGCAGAGGAUCAUGUGCUCAGAGAUUCUGACAAUAAUCGCAAAUUACAACGUAAACUGGCACGCAAAGCUUUGGCUCGCAUGAGGAAGAAGGGAUGGAAGAAGCAACGCUGUCGUCUGCCGGGUGUUAACUCAAUCUCGAAAUCCCUCACUGAAGAGGAAAAGGAGAAGAGUGAUGAUUCUUCUUUGAUCUCGCCAUCUGAUGAUAGUGACAAAGACAUUUCAGAUCAGGAGUCCUUUAAAAGUGAGAGUGACUCAUCAGAGGAUAUGAACAAUAUGAGGGAAGAGCAGGAGCCGCAGACCAAAAAGGAGAGUGAAGACAAGAGCAUAACUGUAAACAUUGACAUCCCUGAUGUUCUCAAGAAGAAGCUGGAGGACGACUGUUAUUAUAUCAACAAAAGAAAGAAGCUGGUGAAGCUUCCAUGCCUGAUGAAUGUAGUAAAUAUUCUGGAGUCCUAUGUCAAGCACUUCACCCUAAAUGCUGCUUUCUCAGCUAAUGAGCGCUGUCGGCACCCUCAGAGCUCCCUGCAGACAAAUAUGAGUCCACACUAUAUGCCACCUGAGAGGAACGAUGAGCUCUGUAAAGAAAUGGUGGACGGUUUGAGGAUCACAUUUGACUUUACCCUUCCACUAAUUCUACUGUACCCAAACGAACAAGCUCAGUUCAAAAAAGUCAGCUCUUCCAAGUUCUUCCAACCAAUCAUUGACAGCACAACCUGCACCAGUAGAACUUUCAGAGAACGCUCCCCCAGUCCUUGCCAGAAUCCCUCCACCCCCCAGUCCACAGACAGCCAACCAGCUCUGAGUGAAUCCUCCAGUGUCCCUGUCAUCAUGGCAACCCCACCUAAGCGCAGACGCUGUGCCUACCUGGAUUCUGAUGCCACACAAUCUUUGCGUCGCUCAACACGCAAUACAUCUGGGGGGGAACGGGUGGCAGAGACUGGGGGUGGAGGCAGCAGCAAUGCCUCUCCUCAACCAAAGCGAAGGCCUGCUGAGGUGCAGUCACCACUACCCAAGUUCUUCCUCAACCUAGAGAAGAAGACUCCUGUUCACAGUGGCUCAUCCUCUCCUUUGCCUAUGACACCCAGCAGGGAUUGCACUGGAGGGCUUUUCUCAGGGCUGGAAACUCAGACGAACUACGAAUUAAAUGAGGUUCUGAGCUGGAGACUGACGCCAGAUAAUUACCCUCAGAGUGACCAGCUUCCCCCUCCUUCUUACCUCUAUGGCGCUCAGCACCUGCUUCGGCUAUUUGUUAAACUUCCAGAAAUCUUGAGGAAGAUGCACAUACCAGAAAAGAACCUGAGUGCACUAGUGAAACACUUCGAGCUUUUUCUCAGGUUUUUGGCAGAGUUUCAUGAGGACUUCUUUCCAGAGUCUGCAUAUGUGUCUGCAAUGGAAGCCCAUUACAGCAUGAAGCAACCACGCUCAGUCUUCUAAGAAUCCUUUAUAGAGAGAGUUUAUUUUGUGCUGUGUUCUUCUGAAUUUCUGGUCCACCCCUGACACUGAAUGUUCUUCUACUUGCAAAUUCUAUAAAUUUCCUUUAAUUGUUUCACCUGUCCAUUUGUAACUGUUCAUUUGCAGUGCAUAACACAACUUCCAUGACAAUUUUUUUUGUUAUUGUUUAUGGUUUUACUAUUUUAAAUCAUUUUGAAUACAGUUGUGCAAAAUGAUAAUUUUCUUGUUUUCUAAUUUUUCUGUGGUAUAUUCCGUAUAGUAUAUACCAUUACCUCAAACUUGUAUUUGUGAUUUUUAUUUUUUUUUCCAUCCAAAAUGGAAUGACUGACUACAUUUGCCUUGGUCAUACUUAUUUUGCUUGUCCUUUCCAUUUCCUUCCUCUGUAUGUACUUAAACAAGCAAUUGUGCAAAAGCCAGAUGUUUGUUGCACAUUUGUCAAUUUUUGCCACCCAGAAUUGUAGUAACAUUGUUAAUAAUGCAUUUUUUUAAUUAUGAGCUCCACUGAAAAUUGCUUUGUCAUUUAUUUACUCAUAAAAUGAUAUUUGCUUUAUUGUACAUUACUGUAUAUAAAGUUAUCUGUGGUAAAA